AUGGGAGCUCUGGUAGUAAUAGGGGUUGCUUGCGCGUGGUUGCUGCUGCUGCAGCUCGCCGGAGCGUCCCAUGUCGUCUACAAGGACGUCGAGACGGAGGCGGACGCGGCGAACGUGCCGCCGUCCAUCGUCGACCCCCUCCUGAGGACGGGGUUCCACUUCCAGCCCCCCAAGAACUGGAUAAACGAUCCCAAUGCGCCCAUGUACUACGAGGGCUGGUACCAUUUCUUCUACCAGUACAACCCCAAGGGCGCCGUGUGGGGCAACAUCGUGUGGGCGCACUCGGUGUCGCGCGACCUCAUCAACUGGGAGGCCAUAGAGACGGCGAUCGAGCCCAGCAUCCCGGCCGACCAGUACGGCUGCUGGUCGGGCUCCGCGACCACGCUGCCUGACGGCACGCCGGUGAUCAUGUACACGGGCAUCAACCGCCCGGACGUCAACUACCAGGUCCAGAACGUGGCGUACCCGCGGAACAGGUCGGACCCGAUGCUCCGGGAGUGGGUGAAGCCCGAGCACAACCCCAUCAUCGUGCCCGAGAGCGACAUCAACGCGACGCAGUUCCGGGACCCGACCACCGCGUGGCUCGCCUCCGACGGCCAGUGGCGGCUGCUCAUCGGCAGCGCGGCCGGGGGCGGCGCCCGGGGCGCGGCGUUCGUGUACCGGAGCCGCGACUUUCGGCAGUGGAGGCGGGUGCCGCGGCCGCUGCACUCGGCGGCCACGGGGAUGUGGGAGUGCCCGGACUUCUACCCGGCCGCGCCGGGCCGCACCGUGGGGCUCGACGCCUCGUCCGCGCCCGGCCGCCCGCAGGUGAAGUACGUGCUCAAGAACAGCCUCGACCUGCGCCGCUACGACUACUACACCGUCGGCACGUACGACGAGAAGGCCGAGCGGUACGUGCCGGACGACCCCGCCGGCGACGAGCACCACCUGCGCUACGACUACGGCAACUUCUACGCGUCCAAGACGUUCUACGACCCGGCGAAGAAGCGCCGGGUGCUCUGGGGAUGGGCAAACGAGUCCGACACCCGCGCCGACGACGUCGCCAAGGGGUGGGCCGGAAUCCAGGCGAUCCCAAGGACGGUUUGGCUCGACUUCGGCGGGAAGCAGGUGAUCCAGUGGCCGAUCGAGGAGGUCGAGGCCCUCCGGCACCAGCCGGUCACUCUCAGGGACACGGUGAUCAAGCGAGGAGAACACGUCGAGGUGACGGGGAUACAGACAGCACAGGCUGACGUGGAGGUGAGCUUCGAGGUGUCGAGCCUGCUGGCGGGGGCCGAGCCGCUGGACCCGGCGCUCGCGCACGACGCCGAGAGGCUGUGCGGCGCCAGGGGCGCGGACGUGGAGGGCGGCGUGGGGCCGUUCGGGCUGUGGGUGCUCGCCUCCGCCAACCUGGAGGAGAGGACCGCGGUGUUCUUCAGGGUGUUCAAGGCCGCCGGCAGCGACAAGCCCGUCGUGCUCAUGUGCACCGACCCGACCAAGUCAUCUCUCAACCCAGACUUGUACCUGCCGACAUUUGCAGGUUUUGUAGAUACAGACCUUUCAGACGGCAAGAUAUCUCUGAGAAGCUUGAUCGACCGGUCGGUUGUUGAGAGCUUUGGAGCCGGAGGCAAGACGUGCAUCCUCUCGAGGGUCUACCCGUCGCUCGCCGUCGACAAGAACGCCCACCUCUACGUGUUCAACAACGGGAAGGCGGACGUCAAGGUGACGCUUCUGACGGCAUGGCAGAUGAAGAAACCACUCAUGAACGGCGCCUGA